CUGGGGCUGUCAGUCACCCUGCAAGAGGGUGCUCUCCAGAUGCUCACGGUGGGGUACUGAAGCUACCCCCGGUGAUGAAGCACCCUCCGGCAGCCCAGAUCCUCGCCUGACUUCCUCACUGUUCCGAGGACAGUUGCAGAAAAGUGCUUUUCACCCCUUUGCCACAGGUUGAUUCCCAGUGAGUGGAGAGGACCAAGCGCUCCGUCCUGGCCAGCAAUGAGACGAUAACUCAAGACCUCCUUUUCCUACUGACGGAAAGUCUCAGGCCAGGCAUGGGACCAUUGGAGGGAGCCAACAGCACCCUCACCGUGGAGAAGACAGUGUUAGAGAAGAAGCUGUCACAGGGCUGGCAUGACAAAGACUUCGUCACUCCUAGCCAGGAUCUCUCUGGAUCCCGCAGUGUUAUGAUGGACAGCACCAAGAUCCUGGGGGUCCAAGUUGUUCUGAUUGCUGCGUACUCCCUCAUCAUUCUGCUGGGGUUCGUCGGCAACUCUUUGGUCAUCUACAUCAUAGUGAAGUACAAGACCAUGAGGACCGUCACCAACUUCUUCAUAGCUAACCUGGCCCUGGCAGAUCUGAUGGUGGACACACUCUGUCUGCCUUUCACCCUAGUAUACACACUGCUGGACGAGUGGAAGUUUGGAGCUGUUCUUUGUCAUCUGGUCCCUUAUGCUCAAGCUCUGAGUGUUCAUGUGUCCACUCUCACCUUAACCGUGAUUGCCCUGGAUAGGUAUCGGUGUAUUGUUUUCCACCUGGACAGCAGGAUUUCCAAGAGGCUCAGCUUCACAAUCAUAGCUAUCAUGUGGCUGGCAGCAGCUGUCCUAGCAGGUCCUCUGGCCAUCUUCAGAGAGUACCGAUAUGAGGAAAUUCCAUCCAUCAACCUCAAAAUGGCUGUCUGCUCAGAAAAAUGGCCUUCUGGUAAUAACAGAGAUGCCACUAUCUACAGUCUGUCCAUGCUCCUCCUGCAGUAUGUUUUUCCUCUUGCAAUUAUUUGUUAUGCCUAUACCAGGAUCUGGUUCAAGCUGAAAAACCAUGUCAGUCCCACUUCUAGGAAUGAAAACCAGUGCCGGAGGAGGAAGACAACCAAAAUGCUAGUGAUGGUAGUUGUGGUAUUUGCAGUUUGUUGGCUCCCCUUCCACAUAUUCCAGCUUGCCAUUGAUCUUGAUCUGGUUCUUAUCUUCCAUGAGUACAAACUCCUGUACACUGUCUUCCAUGUCGGGGCCAUGUGCUCUACCUUUGUCAACCCCCUGCUCUACGGAUGGAUGAACAAGAACUACCGGAACGGCUUCCUUAUGUUCUUCCGUUGCCAGAACAAGCCAGAAAGCAUCCACACUGAAGGCUCAGUUAGAGGGAGGUCAUACAUCUUCAGGGCCAACACCCUAAAUGGGAGCAUCAAACAGACUCCUGGCAAUGGACCACUGCCCACAGAGGUUUAGGGAUGUGACAUCCACCUCCAGGACUGAGGCUGACUGAGCCCAGAGACAUUCUUGGGUAAAUGCCUUUUUUUUGGCAAAACAUUGUGUUGCUAAAACAUUAUAUCUACCACAGCCACA